AUGCUCCGCGGACACGCUCGACUCCUGCUGUGCUGCUGGGUAUUUUGCCUCGCCGCCUGCCGCCUGCUCUCGCGGCACCCUGAACUCAACUGCAGCGGCGACGUCUACUCGCCCCACUCGAGCAGUGGUGCGACGGCGAGGCAGCGCGCCGAGCUCACCUUGGAGCAGCAGCGCGCGGAGCCCGUCCGCUUCCUACGCUCGCACUACGCGACCUGCAAUCGCCGCGUCUGUGGCGUUCUCCUGCUGCAAGACUCUUUGCCGUUGAGCUCGCUCCAUCAGCUGUUUCCACCUCACUGCUCGGUCACCAAGCUCCUGUUGCGGCACAACGCGACGGGAGGCGGCAAGGCCCUGCCGCGGCGAGGUGCCGCCGACAGCGGCGACGCCGCCGCCGCCAAUGACGCGCGCGCCGCGGCGUGGCUUAACCGAGCAUCGAAGUCUCCGCCGCACCACUCGAAGUCGGUCUCGAUCCCGCCUGAGACGCCCCUCUCGGGCAAGUCGACGAGCGCCGCGGAGUCUUCGCUGGUCGAGAUCUUCGACGCGCUCGACGUGCGCAAGGAGGACUCGGUCUGCCUCUAUGAGCACUGCACGGCGGAGCUUGCCGCCUCGCGCCGGUGGCGAGAGGCGCUCGAGUUGACCAAGGGACACGUUUGGGCGGGCGAGCGACUGUCGCGCGCCCUCGCCCAGAUGAAGGCGCGCCGCUCGGCUGCGGGGGUGCCUUUUCGGCAACUGCCGGCGGCGGAGGAAGCGCCGUCGUCCGGCAGCCGCUUCCAGGUCGAGCGCCAAAACGGGCGGCGCAGCAUCAUCGGCAGCGCCGCGGCAGGGAGUUUCGUCUUCAUCACGGUCGGAGGCGUCUGCCUGGCGCUCGGCAUUGCGAUCGGGCAGCGUUUCCGGGUAUGA